CGCAAUACACCUUUUGAGUGUUGUUCGUCAUAAAACCCAAAGAAGAAGAAGAAAACAACAGCGCUGUCGCAGUCAAUACAGUAGUGUCCUUUUGAGUUUUGUUUUGAAACCUUUGAUUUAGUUUCAUGUGUAAAUAUUGACAUGGCUCAGAAAGCUUGUUCGAGGCUUGCUGCAGCUAUUCCAUGGCUUUUAGCAAACCGAAAUGUCAUUCCAGCCUCACGAAGAGCGCUGUCAAACACAUUCGGUACUCACUCCCGAUGUGCAUCAUAUAUCCAUGUCACCCACAAAGUGUACGUGUUACGUAGUUUCAGCUCAUCCCCAUUGCCAGAAACUGAUGUCUCUUACGAACAAUUAAAGAAACUACUCGCUACCCGAACAAGUGUGGUAAUAGAUGUCCGGGAGCCGUGGGAACUCCGAGAGUACGGAAACAUCCCGGGGUCAAUCAACGUACCUCUGGGACAAGUGAACCUUGCCCUCCAGCUGAACCCUGAGGAGUUCAAGGAGAAGUAUGGUGGAGACAUGCCCCAGCCGACAGACCACAUUGUCUUUUCUUGCCUGGCUGGGAUCAGGAGCCAAAAAGCCCUAGACCAAGCCGUCUCUCUAGGAUAUAAAGACGCACAACACUAUGCAGGUGGAUGGCAAGAUUGGGCAAAAUGUGAACAGGAAAGCUGAUUGUCUGGGAGGCUCAAGAAUUGUGCCAUUCUUGGAAGUCAUUUUGCUUAAUCAUACCAGAAGUUUUAAUGUUUUAUUUAAUCAAUCAAGAUUGCGCUGACAUUUCAGAUUAUUAUGGAAGGUAAUCCAUAAAUAGCCAAUUUUGCUUUAUAUCAUUAAAGAGGGAAUGUACACAGCAAAUUGACCACUGUUACCUGUUGAUUCAAGUGAAAUUGACUGUGGUUUAAAAUAAACCCAUUGUUGGGUGUUAAUAACCAGUUUGUGGAACUUGUGGAAUAGACUCCGGAUAGAAUGCAGUUUUAACCAAUCAGAAUCUAGGAUUAGAUCCACACGUUGUAUAAGUAAUCAACUCCAAAUGAUAAUGUUUUUAUUGGUGGAGUAUGUCGCUGUGAACCUUGUACUUUGUGCAGGGUACCGUAGGUAGCUGAUAUGGUAAUAUAGGAUAUGUUUUGGCUUCAGAUUGUAUCUGAGCUAAGUUCAGCAGUGCACAACAUUGUGACACAUUCAGAUAGAAAUAUAUUGUGUAGGACAGACCUGAUUCUCUGUCUGCUUAUCCAUCAGUCUUACAAACACUAUGAACUGGAAAAACAAUCAAGCCUUAAAUGUCUGUACUAAAAAUCUCUACCUGGUACAGCCAGAAGAGGAUGGGCCCAACCCUCUGAGCUGUAUUUUUCUCUAGGUUUCUUCCUAGGUUUUUUCUGUCAAGGGAGUUUGUUCUGGCCACUGUGAUUCACUUCAGCUUGCUCUUUGGGAUUUUGGCAGGUAACUGGUAAAGCACUAUGACAACUGCUGUUGUAAAAGGGGCUUUAUAAAAUAAACUUGAUUGACAUGCAGAAUAAAGAAUGAUAUCUAUUUGUGACAUUUCUAUCUGCAGCGUUCCACAAUGUUUGCCUACUCAAUGUGUUCCAGGUCUCUGCUGUCAAGUAAAUAUGAGCAUUGGUGAAUACAACAUGCUGUGUUGAAGGCUAAGUUAUUGGAUAUAAUAUACUGUAGAUAGGUAGGUUGUUGCUGCAUAUACUGAUCAAAUACACAAUAUGUUAUUUAACUUCUGUAUGAAAUGAAAUAAACACACAUUGAAUUAAAAU